AUGGCUCAGGUCGAUACUCUAGAUAUCAUCGUCCUGGUGGUCCUUCUCAUUGGUAGCAUUGCCUACUUCACCAAAGGAACCUACUGGGGCGUCCCCAAGGACCCUUAUGCAAACUCUGCCCUCAAUGGCAGUGCUGCGAAGAAGGGUUCUCGAAACAUUGUGGAGAAAUUAGAAGAGACCGGCAAGAACUGUGUGAUAUUCUAUGGCUCUCAGACUGGUACUGCAGAGGACUAUGCUUCUCGUUUGGCUAAAGAGGGCCAUGCCCGCUUCGGUCUCAGUACCAUGACCGCCGAUUUGGAAGACUACGACUUUGAGAACCUCGACACUUUCCCCGACGACAAGAUCGCCUUCUUCGUCAUGGCCACCUAUGGCGAGGGCGAGCCCACCGAUAACGCGGUUGAGUUCUGGGAAUUCAUCAACAACGAUCCUCCUUCCUUCUCCGAAGCCAGCGAAGAAAAACCACUCUCAAAACUCAAGUAUGUUGCGUUUGGCCUGGGAAACAACACCUACGAGCACUACAACCUCAUGGUUCGCAACCUUGACAAGAUCCUUACAAACUUGGGUGCCGAGAGAAUUGGCACCGCUGGUGAGGGUGACGAUGGCGCUGGCACCAUGGAAGAGGACUUUCUCGCCUGGAAAGAGCCAAUGUGGACUGCCCUGGCUGAAAAGAUGGGUCUCGAGGAACGCGAGGCUGUCUACGAACCUGUGUUCAAUGUGGAAGAAAAGGAAGACUUGACCGUUGAGGAUGAUACCGUCUACCUUGGUGAGCCCAACAAGAAUCAUCUGGAGGGCACUCAAAAAGGUCCUUAUAACGCGCAUAAUCCUUUCAUUGCUCCCAUUGCCGAAUCGCGAGAAGUCUUUACUGUCAAGGACCGUAACUGUCUUCACGUCGAGAUCGACAUUUCAGGUUCGGGUAUGUCAUACACUACGGGUGAUCACAUCGCUGUCUGGCCCACCAAUGCUGGAAUGGAAGUCGACCGUUUCCUCAAGACCUUCGGCUUGGAAUCCAAACGCCAUACUGUCAUUAGCUUAAAGGGUAUUGACCCAACUGCAAAGGUCCCAUUCCCCACGCCGACCACCUAUGAUGCCGCCGUCCGCUAUCAUAUCGAGAUCUGUGCUCCUGUCUCACGUCAAUUCAUGGCGACUUUGGCUGCCUUUGCUCCAAACGAGGCGGCCAAGAAGGAGGCUACUCGACUAGGUUCAGAUGCCGACUACUUCAAGGAUAAGAUCUCGUCACAGAUGCUCAACAUUGCACAAGCCGUGUCCGCAGUCUACAGUGAGCCGUGGUCUGCUGUUCCUUUCUCCUGUCUCGUUGAAGGUCUGAACAAGUUGCAACCUCGCUAUUAUUCCAUCUCUUCCUCAUCGCUGGUUCAACCACAGAAGAUUUCGGUUACUGCGGUAGUCGAAUCUCUUCGCAUUCCUGGUGCUGGUCACGUCGUCAAAGGUGUAACCACAAAUUACCUCCUGGCUCUGAAGCAGAAGCAGAAUGGUGAACCAAAUCCAUCUCCUCAUGGUCUCACCUAUUCAAUCACGGGUCCACGCAACAAAUAUGACGGUAUACACGUACCUGUUCAUGUUCGUCAUUCCAACUUUAAAUUACCCUCGAAUCCAAGCAAGCCCAUCAUCAUGGUCGGACCCGGUACCGGUGUUGCUCCUUUCCGUGGAUUCGUUCAGGAGCGUGCGGAGCUUGCGAAGAAAGGCGAGGAUGUCGGUCACACAGUCCUUUUCUUCGGAUGCCGAAAGUCUUCAGAAGACUGGCUAUACAGAGACGAGUGGGAGGAAUACAAGAAAGCCCUCGGCGACAAGCUCACCAUUUUCAAUGCCUUCUCCCGAGAACAGGCACACAAGGUCUAUGUGCAGCAUCAUAUCAAAGAGAACGGAAAAUUGGUCAACGAUCUUCUACAACAAAAGGCCAACUUCUACGUUUGUGGUGAUGCGGCCCGUAUGGCUCGGGAGGUCAAUGAAGUUCUAGGGCAAAUCAUUGCUAAAGAACGAGGUAUUGAUGAAAAGAAAGCCGAACAAGUGGUCAAGAGCAUGCGCAGCAGUGGUGUCUACCAGGAAGAUGUUUGGUCAUAG